CCAGGGGCGUGUCCCCUCGCCAGGUGCCCGGCACCGAUUGGCGCCGCCGCCGCUUAACCCCGCCCACCAGAGGAAGGUUUGGUUGAGAGCAGCUGUUUGUGUGUUCGACACUUUAGGGGCUGAGACGGGGGGAGACGGAGCUGGAGCCGCCUCAGGAGAGUUGAGCCCCUAGGAUACCGUUCCUUGGCUCCGAACCAAGCCAAGAGCUGGUCAGUGGCGUGAAGGGUCUCGGAUCUGCUGGGGCGCAGGGUGUGACCGGAAUCCAGGCCAUGACCAGCAGAGGAGCUGCCAGGCCGAAUGGUCAGUCCCAAGCUAGUAAAAUCUGUCAGUUUAAGCUCGUGCUGCUGGGCGAGUCCGCGGUGGGGAAGUCCAGUCUGGUGCUGCGCUUCGUGAAGGGUCAGUUCCACGAAUACCAGGAGAGCACCAUUGGGGCGGCGUUUCUCACACAGUCCGUCUGCCUGGAUGACACAACAGUCAAGUUUGAGAUCUGGGACACGGCUGGCCAGGAGCGAUAUCACAGUCUGGCCCCCAUGUAUUACCGGGGGGCACAAGCUGCCAUUGUGGUCUAUGACAUCACCAACCAGGAAACGUUUGCCCGAGCAAAGACAUGGGUGAAAGAGCUGCAGCGGCAAGCCAGCCCCAGCAUUGUCAUAGCCCUAGCGGGCAACAAGGCCGACCUCGCCAACAAGCGCAUGGUAGAAUACGAAGAGGCACAAGCCUAUGCAGAUGACAACAGCCUAUUGUUCAUGGAGACAUCGGCCAAGACCGCGAUGAAUGUUAAUGAUCUCUUCCUGGCGAUAGCCAAGAAGCUGCCAAAGAGUGAGCCCCAGAGCACGGGUGGCGUGGCGGGACGGAACCGAGGGGUGGACCUCCACGAGCAGACCCAGCAGAACAAGAGCCAGUGUUGUAGCAACUGAAGGGUGGCGUUCGAGAGCGAGGCCGGCGCGAGACGACGAGCUAAGAGAGACCCUCCAUUCCCACCCCCGUCCACCACACUUCACCUCCCCUAACACCGGCGCACCGACCCCUCCCGGCGCCUCUAACUGCACUUUCUAAUGCUUCAGAACCACCGCCAGACAUCUGUUCCCACCACGCCAGUGCCAGUGGAACCAGAUCGACCGGGGACUUAACUUCCAAAACACAAACUCUUCACUUUGUAUUAUAGGUGCAAAUAGCUACCUAAUUCUGAUUGAUUCCCCGUCUCCUUCUCCCAGAUAAUUCCUCCCUCCCCCCCACCCUCUCUUUGCUUUGGUAAAUCUGUGUUCUCGGUCCCAUAACACCUGUCCUCUUCUACCAUCCCCCCCUUUAUUUAAUGCUGGGGGGAGGGGCCCAAAGGAGGUGGAAACUUAAUCCUUGUAGGCUUAUUUUAUGAAGAAUAAGUUGAACGGGGACCUACAGAAAACGCUGUUUUCUGAGGGUGUCUUUUGUGGGUUUACUCUUUAAUUUUUCUCCUGGGGUUUUUUGUUUUUUCCCCAUCUAUUUCAAUGUUUGAGGGGGUGAGGGGGGGAAGCUGCAGUGUCCUUAAUUUGGUCCUGGGUGGCCUUUCCGGCAAGGGAGCGGAAGUGCUGGGGAACGGGGGGAAGUGGGGGGUUGGAAUCCUGUGACCCAACAGGGUGGCUGAUUCUGGCUAGCAUUGAUCGCUAGGAAGCGACCACGGACGCCGACUUCAGUAGCAGGAAUAGAAUCAUGAACUACGUUGCUGUGAAUAUCCGGUGCAAGCAACAGCCAGCCCCCAUAAUCCCAUUGUUCGUGGGACUGCCAGGCCCAUGCACCCAGCAUCGUGGCAGAUGGUAUCAUUCAUACUGACUUGGGGGGGUGUAAAACCCCAAAGUUCCCCCUGCGUCCGGUAUUGUGCAGGGAUACGCCCCGUGAGAUCUCAUGGCCUCUCGGAGCUGUUGGUUUAUUCUUCCCCUAUCACCAGCCGCGCAAAUUCUCUGGUUUGCACUUUAAUCUCCAGUCUGUCCCGUUGAGCUCAUCUUGCCUUGGGUCCUGUUCAGUGUUAGCUAUCUCGAGGGCUCCUGAGCCCCUGGGGGGGUCAUCACACUGAGCUCUGCUGCUCUCCCCGCUAAGAGGAACCCACCCAAGGCUUUAUCCUCGGGGCUCCAGGCCGCUCCUGGGUCGUGUAAGCUGCAGAGCCCCCUGCUGUGGGCCGGGAAACGGGGCUCACUUUGUCUGUUACCCUGCAGUCCACGUGACUAGCCAGGAUCACUUCAGAAUGGGGGGGGGGGAACCGUGCUGAGCAGCAAACCUAGGGAGCUCCAGGUGGGACAUGGGACUGGGAGUCUGUUAGAGAGGAGGUGAAGGAGAAUGGGAGGCCAUGCAAAGGUAGAGGACCUGCCUUCCUUCCUGGGCCUGGGCGAGGCGGCUCUCUGUGGACUGCCCCUUCCCCAUGCCCCUGUCCGCUCCAUUGUCUUUCUAGCAUGGGCUGGAAGGGGGGGGAGGGGGGGAGGACGGAUGAUGCAAGGGGAGUCUCCUACUCGCUCUGGGACACUGGCGAGGGCUCGGCUCCCCCCCAUGGAAGGAGAACACUGGUUAUCUUGAGGUCCCUGUCAGUUCCCCCCUGCAGGUUCUCCUCUCCGGACGCUGAGGUUGGGGCAGGGGGGUGUCACCGCUUCGCAGACCCACACCUGCCCCAGCUGGGUAUGUUGGCGGGUCAGACAGGCACCCAGCCUGUCUGUCGUGUCACAAGCUCCGCUCCACGGCUGAGGGCCCCUCUGAGAUACAAGCUCUCACUUGCGAAGCAGCAGCAGGUUUUAUUUUGGCUGUAACUAGCGCUUGGGCCCCCGGUGUAGUCCCAGAAGAGCUGAUCCCAGGUGCAUCAGAGCAGCACCCCGGUCGCUGUGUUAACGAUGGAGCCUCUGGGUCCGAGUUGACCGGAGUCGCCCUUGGAUGUGUUGUGAGCUGACGAGGAUCCUCGACGCACCAUUACUGCUGGCGCUAGCUGCCGGCUUUUCUGAGGUGCCGCGGAGGCUGCCAGGGCCACGGGCUGAACGUUGCCUCUUGUGAGCAGGGGCAAAGGGAAUCUUGCACGUCCCCCUGCACCUGGUCUCUGGAUAAACCGCCUCUGGGGCGGUCAGUCGUAUUUUUAAACGCUGCCCCGGGGAGAGCCUGCGAGGGAGCUCCUGCCUUGCAGAGCUGAGGCUACUGCCCUGUGUGUUUAGUGGGGGGAGCUUUGAAGUGGGGUCUCUCCAAGGGGGAGAUGUGAUGCCCUCCGCCAGCACUAGCCAAACUGGAGCCCCAGCAUCUUCCAGGAAGCAGGCCCCUGUCCUCGUCUCGUUUUGUAUUGUCGAGGUCAGAGUUGAAGUAGAGAAACUACUAGGCGGGGGAGGCAGCAGGCCAGCCUGGGAGGAGUGGGAAAUUGAUUGGGCCGGUUGCUUUUCCCAGCACCCCUCACUGAGUUGGCUGUGUAUGGAGGGGGCCUUAGGGCCAGGAGAUCUUUGGGGAGGGCUGAAGGGUGACAUGGCCUCAUGGGUAUUCGGUCCUUUUCUCCUCUGAUCCCUGCAGUGACGUGACACGUAACUUCCCCCCGCCACUAACACAAGGGCGUUGUUGGAGAUUUCAGGCUGCAUUUGUAACGUUCCGGGGGGCGGGGCUCUGUCCUUGCUGGAAAGACUCUUUUUUUUCUGCUCAGUGGAAAGACUCUACUUACCUGUACGACAACCACGAGCAUCCACCCCCCGGCUGCUGGCAACGCUGGAACGCCCCGAGCCCACGCACCUCUUCCAGGAGUGGUGGUGGUUUUCUGGCUAACUCCCUGGCCCAAAUGGGGACACUGCAGCUUUUGAAAGCCCUCCCUCGCCCCCAGCCCGCUUGCCUUUUUUUUUCUGAUCAGUUUUUUUUGCUUUUUGAGGAAGCUCCUCCAUCGCAUUUAAAAUAACAAUCAUGGUAACAGAAUUCCGCUGCUGAUUUACCAAUGUAUUUAAUGUAAGUAAAAAACAAAAACAUCCGUGUAUUAAAUGAACCUGCUGUUUUA